CGGAGGAAGAGGAGGCGUCCCAUCCGUCUGUGUCCAGAGGAGAGGAGCGGCCGCCAUGUUAACCAAGAAGCCCGGAACCUCGGUCCUCCCGACGGGCAAAGCGGGCGAGCCGGUCUACUCUCCUGCUCACGGUGGAUCUCAGACGACGUCGCCUGUCGCUCUGCCGCGACUCCGCAACAACAACCACAACCCUCUGACGGGAGGCUCUAAAGCCGCCAUGUCGGACACCGUUCAGCUGUCGUCUCAGUCCCAGGUCCACGUCACGCAGCUCUACGAGGAGAACAGCAACAAGCGGCCGGUCCUCACCUCCCAACCCAACGGCCUGGCUCCUCCCCUCAGCACCACGCGGCCCGGCCUGCCGCUGCCCGACCGCCAGCCCUCCGAGACCCCCCACCACUGCCGGCAGGGCAGCGCCGCCUCCAACAAGUCGACAGACAGCAAGCCAAAGCCCAGCACGCUGUCCCCCGAGCAGGCCAUGAAGCAGUUCAUGUCCAAGAUGUCGUCGUUUGAGCACCACGAGGUCUUCAGCUACCCCGAGGUGUUUUUUGUUGGUCCCAAUGCCAAGAAGAGGUCAGGGGUGAUGGGCGGAGCCAACAACGGUGGCUAUGACGACGAUCAGGGAUCCUACAUCCACGUUCCACACGACCACGUCUCAUACCGCUACGAAGUCCUGAAGGUCAUUGGAAAGGGCAGUUUUGGACAGGUAGUGAAGGCCUUUGACCACAAGUCUCAGACACACGUGGCUCUGAAGAUGGUCCGCAACGAGAAGCGCUUCCACCGGCAGGCGGCGGAGGAGAUCCGCAUCCUGGAGCACCUGAGGAAGCAGGACAAGGACUCGAGCAUGAACGUGAUCCACAUGCUGGAGAACUUCACCUUCAGGAACCACAUCUGCAUGACCUUCGAGCUGCUCAGCAUGAACCUGUACGAGCUCAUCAAGAAGAACAAGUUCCAGGGCUUCAGCCUCCCGCUGGUCAGGAAGUUCGCCCACUCCAUCCUGCAGUGUCUGGACUCGCUGCACAAGAACCGCAUCAUCCACUGCGACCUCAAACCCGAGAACAUUUUACUGAAGCAGCAGGGACGCAGCGGCAUCAAGGUCAUAGAUUUUGGUUCCAGCUGUUACGAACAUCAAAGAGUUUACACCUACAUCCAGUCCAGGUUCUACAGAGCGCCAGAGGUCAUUCUGGGCUCCAGGUACGGGAUGCCGAUCGACAUGUGGUCUCUGGGCUGCAUCCUGGCCGAGCUGCUGACGGGUUACCCGCUGUUACCGGGGGAAGACGAGGCCGAUCAGCUGGCCUGCGUCAUCGAGCUUCUGGGCAUGCCCAGUCAGAAGCUCCUAGACGCCUCCAAGAGAGCCAAGAACUUUGUGUCGUCUAAAGGUUUCCCGCGGUACUGCACCGUGACCACGCUGCCCGACGGAACCACCGCGUUGAACGGCGGCCGCUCACGGCGAGGGAAGGUACGCGGCCCGCCGGGUAGCAAGGACUGGAGCGCAGCGCUGAAGGGCUGCGACGACCCGCUCUUCCUGGACUUCCUCAAACAGUGUCUGGAGUGGGACCCGGUACUCAGGAUGACGCCCAGCCAGGCGCUGCGUCACUCGUGGCUGAGGAGACGACUUCCCAAACCGCCAACAGGAACGACCACGGGGGACAAGACGACCUCCUCCUCCUCCAAACGGGUCACCACCGAGGGCACCAUCACCUCCAUCUCCAAGCUCGCCACCACCUCCUCCACCACCACGUCCUCCUCCUCCAAAACCAGGACUAACUUGGCGGCGAUCACCGACGCCAACGGGAACAUCCAGCCGCGGACGGUUCUGCCCAAACUGGUCAGCUGAGAGCGAGCGUGUCCCGCUCGCUGUGGUGGGAAAACCAAAGCUUUGAUCACGAGCAGUCAGCUGGAACUGAAUUAAACUGGUUCUGUCCAGUUUUAGAGAGAGUUUGUUUUUUUCACGUUGGUGGCGUGCGUUCAGCACGAGGAAGCGAAGUUUUGGAGACGGGCAGAGUGGCGAGCUGAAGGAAACCCGGGGGUCGUUUAGACUCCUCCCUCUUUAAAAAGAAAAAGUGUGUUUAUGUGAAGCUGCUCAGACAAUCAGAACACGACACUCUGUAGCUCCAAACACACGCCACGAACACGCCACUAACACGC